UUAUUCACAUGACUUUAUAUUUACAUUCAUUAUUAACUGCAACUCCUCAACUAUUCGACAAACCGUUUUUAUCCCAAAAUCCAAAGGAUUUUUGGUCAAAAAGAUGGCAUCAAAUGUAUAGAUCAAGCUUUACAGAACUUGGGUAUUUUCCUAUAAUUAAUUUUCUUGAAAAAUUUAAUAAUUCUAGAGUAACAUUAUUUAGUCGUGUUAAUUCUGCUGGCAAACUUCAUUUAAUGGUCUCUAAUUUCAUCACAUUACUUCGAAGACUCGGUUCAUUAUUAGGUUAUAAAACAUUUUUAAGGAAUAUAAAAAUUCAAAAGGAUAUUCAAAACUUGGAAACUGUUAAUCAAAAUGAUGAAAUGUUAAAGAGUAAUCAUAUUUUUAAAAACAGUGGAUCAACAUUUACUGCUUAUAGUGAACUUUCAAGAGCUUUGGGAAUUAUAGGUAGCUUUCUAUGGAGUGCUAUAUUACAUGAAUAUUUAUUUAUUGGUUUAUUUGGAUGGAAUAAUAGCAGAGGUGAACACUUUUCAUUUUUCUUGGUACAUGCAAUACUAAUGAUCAUUUGGGAUGUAUUAGGGAAAUUAGCUGAUAGAUGUUGGAGGUUAUAUUAUAAUCGUGACCACUACGUCACUUCUAUUGUGUACCUCAUCUGGGAUGUCAACGAAAACUUUAACAAAAGUGUCGUUGACAAUAUUAGUAAAAAACUUCAUAAGGUUCAAUAA